GCAGCGGGCGGCCGGUUCAGGAGCUGCCUCGCUCGGCCGGCCGGGCAUCGCUGUGGCGGCCGGCGGCGCCGCUCAGACUCGGGGUGGCCGCGUGCGGCCUCGGGGCUGCCCAUGGGGCGCGGGGGGCCGGGCCGGUGACGCCGGACGCCCAUGGACGCCCCUGAGGAGCUGCUGCCGCCGGUGAUCUACACCAUGGAGAACAAGCCUAUCGUCACCUCUGCUGGAGAUCAGAACUUAUUCGCCUCUGUUUACCCGACGCUUUCCCAGCAGCUUCCGAGAGAGCCUAUGGAAUGGAGAAGGUCCUACGGCCGGGCUCCAAAGAUGAUUCACCUAGAAUCCAACUUUGUUCAAUUCAAAGAGGAACUGCUGCCCAAGGAAGGAAACAAAGCUCUGCUUACGUUCCCCUUCCUCCAUAUUUAUUGGACAGAAUGCUGCGACACUGAAGUGUAUAAAGCUACAGUCAAAGACGACCUUACCAAGUGGCAGAAUAUUCUGAAAGCUCAUAGCUCUGUGGACUGGUUAAUAGUGGUAGUUGAAAAUGAUGCCAAGAAAAAAAACAAAACCAACAUCCUUCCCCGAACUUCUAUUGUGGACAAAAUAAGAAAUGAUUUUUGUAAUAAACAGAGUGACAGGUGCGUCGUGCUCUCCGACCCCCUGAAGGACUCUUCUCGAACUCAGGAAUCCUGGAACGCCUUCCUGACCAAACUCAGGACGUUGCUUCUUAUGUCAUUUACCAAAAACCUAGGCAAGUUUGAGGAUGACAUGAGAACCUUGAGGGAGAAGAGGACUGAGCCUGGCUGGAGCUUCUGUGAAUAUUUCAUGGUUCAGGAGGAGCUUGCAUUUGUGUUUGAGAUGCUGCAGCAGUUUGAAGAUGCUCUAGUGCAGUAUGACGAGCUGGACGCCCUCUUCUCGCAGUACGUGGUCAACUUCGGUGCUGGCGAUGGUGCCAACUGGCUGACUUUUUUCUGCCAGCCGGUGAAGAGCUGGAACGGACUGGUCCUCCGGAAGCCCAUAGAUAUGGAGAAGCGCGAGCUGAUCCAGAGGCAGGAAGCCACCCUGUUGGACCUGCGCAGCUACCUGUUUUCUCGUCAGUGCACCCUGCUUCUCUUCCUGCAGCGGCCGUGGGAGGUGGCCCAGCGCGCCCUGGAGCUGCUGCACAGCUGCGUGCAGGAGCUGAAGCUGCUGGACGUGUCGGUCACGCCCGGCGCGCUGGACUGCUGGGUCUUCCUGAGCUGCCUGGAGGUGCUGCAGAGAAUAGAAGGCUGCUGUGACCGGGCACAGAUCGACUCGAACAUCGCACACACUGUGGGUCUGUGGAGCUAUGCCACGGCGAAGCUGAAGUCCUUGGGCUACCUGUGUGGACUUGUGUCAGAAAAAGGCCCUAACUCAGAAGACCUCGACAGGACAGUCAGUCUUUUGGCGGGUUUGGGAGCUGAGCGGCCUGAAACAGCCAACACAGCUCAGAGUCCUUACAAGAAACUCAAAGAAGCAUUGUCAUCAGUAGAAGCUUUUGAAAAACACUACUUAGACCUGUCGCAUGCUACCAUUGAAAUGUAUACGAGUAUUGGGAGGAUUCGGUCUGCUAAGUUCGUUGGAAAGGAUCUGGCUGAGUUUUACAUGAAGAAAAAGUCUCCUCAAAAGGCGGAAAUCUACCUUGAAGGAGCGCUGAAGAAUUACCUGGCUGAGGGUUGGGCAUUACCUGUCACACACACGAGGAAGCAACUGGCCGAAUGUCACAAACACCUCGGACAAAUUGAGAACUACCUGCAGACCAGCAGCCUUUUGGCCAGCGAUCCUCAUUUAACUGAAGAGGAACGGAAAUACUUCUGCCAAGAGAUACUCAAUUUUGCCAGCAGACAGCCAGAUAGCCCAAGUGACAAAGUCGUCCUCCCUAUGCAGUCUUUUGCCUACCUGAGAGAUCUCCGCUUCACCCCGUCCAACGCCGUGGUCCACGUGGGCGGCGUCUUGUCCCUGGAGAUAACGCUGUGCAGCCAGAUGCCCAUCCCGGUCCACGUGGAGCAGCUGGCCAUCAGCGUCCACUUCAGCAUCGAGAAAAACAGCUACCGGAAGACUGCUGAGUGGCUCACCAAGCACAAGACGUCCAAUGGGAUCGUUCACUUCCCCCCAGAGAGCCCGCCUUUCCCUGCAGCCCCAAGCAGCUCUCCCGCACUGGAGCUGUACGAGACGUUUGAGAGAAGUCCUUCCGAUAACUCGCUGAACACCACAGGGAUCAUCUGCAAAAAUGUUCACAUGCUCCUGAGAAGGCAGGAGAGCGGCCCCUCCCUGGACGUGGCCCCCGCUGUGGCCGUAGAGGACGGGGCCCACGUGCUGAAGUGCAGCGCCGUGACCCUGCAGCCCGGGGCCAAUGUCAUAACGUUCAGGACGCAGGCCAAGGAGCCGGGGACAUACACGCUGCGGCAGCUCUGCGCCUCCGUGGGCCCGCUCUGCUUCGUCCUCCCGCACAUCUACCCGCUGCUACAGUACGACGUGUACUGCCAGGAGCCGCAGCUGCGCGUGGAGCCGCUGGCUGACAGCCUUUUGGCUGGUAUUCCUCAGAAGGUCAAGUUCACUGUCACUACUGGCCAUUAUACAGUGAAAAACGGGGACAGUCUCCAGCUCAGCAAUGCGGAAGCCAUGCUCAUCCUGUGUCACGCCGAGAACAGAGCAGUGAUCUAUUCCAACACAAGAGAAAAGGCUUCUGACGCGUCCCUCCGGGUACAGUCGUCUGACAAGGUCACGAGCAUCAGCCUGCCGCCUGCGCCUGCGUACCACAUGAUCGAAUUUGAACUGGAAGUUCUCUCUCUACCUUCAGCUCCAGUAACUGCAGGGGAGAGCAGCACGCUGGGGGUGCCAGAGCCCCAGAGGAAGCAUAAGGACACACAGAAAGCUGGCCACCGCAUGGCUACCACGGACCACAAAGUGUCCAUCGACUGCCCAUGGUCCAUCUACUCCACCGUCAUCGCACUGACGUUCAGCGUCCCCUUCCGGACCACACACACUCUGCUGUCGGCUGGGACCCGGAAGUAUGUUCAAGUGUGUGUCCAGAAUUUGUCAGAACUUGACUUUGAGCUGUCAGAUAGUCGUCUCGUUGAUACUGGGGACAGCACCAGCCUGCAGCUGGCACCGCUGAACAUGGCAUCCCAGCAGCACAUCUACAGCCAGCAGUCGGUGUUCUUCGUCUGGGAGCUGACGUGGACACAAGAGCCUCCCCCUUCGCUGCAUGGCCGGUUCUCCGUGGGAUUCUGCCCAGCUUCUGAAGCACAGCUGUCUGUCUCCUUAAAGCCCUAUACUUACGACUUUCACAUGGAAAAUUUUUUUACGUUGUACAGCGUGAAAGCCGAGAUCCUGCCGCCUGUGGGAACGGAGCACUGUCGGACAGGCGCGCUCUGCGCCCUGGAGGUGUGUGUCACCCGCCUCGCAGACCUCCUGGAGGCCGACAGAGACGAGGCACUGACACAGUCCGACGAGUAUCUUUCCACCAAGCUCAUGUAUGAAGUGGUUGACAACAGCAGCAACUGGGCAGUGUGUGGCAAAAGCUCAGGCGUCAUCUCCAUGCCUGUGGCCGCGCAGGCCACGCACAGAGUCCACAUGGAGGUGAUGCCGCUGUUUGCGGGCCGCCUGCCCCUGCCCGACGUCAGGCUCUUCAAGUACCUCCCACAUCACUCUGCGUACCCCUCGCAAGCGGACGCUGAUAGCUGGAUAGAAAACGACAGCCUGUCGGUGGACAAGCACGUGGACGACCAGCUGGACAGCAGCAGCGUCAAGAGCAGGGGCAGCGUGCACUCGGCCCCCGGCGGCGAGCACAAAGGCUUGCCUAUGCCCCGGCUGCAGGCACUGCCACCCGGCCAGGUCUGCAACUCCAGCACGGCCAUGCAGGUUCUGGUCGUCCCCAGCAGAGACGACCAUGUCCUGGAAGUCAGUGUCACAUGACCACGCCCAGACCUGGGGGAGUGCACUUGAGGGGAUUGUGACUCGAUUAUGACCUUCUGGCUCUGACUGGACUUGGGGACUCUGCCUGCCCACAGGAGCCUCAGAGAGUCUCCGUGUACAGUGCUCAGCAGAGUCCCAGCUGAGUCAUGUGUCAUCUGUGGUGUCAGGUUUCGUGUUAGUUUCUCAUGUCCCUGUCCCCGAGCUGCUGUCCUCCAGGUUGGCCCCAGCCCAUUUCCCUACCCACCCCCUCCGUGUGCGUGAAAGGCCAUUACAGGCGGCUCUCACCGGGGCGGCCUUUCAGUCUGCUGCUUCUGUGCGGAGGGUCUUAUUAGAGUAGUGACACAUGUGUGCCUUUCUGGUCACACGGCCGCCCCCAAGGGGUAACACAGUCCUUUACCCCCGCUCAUCUAGUUGUGCUUUUCUAGAAUAACACCUUUUAGGGCAGGUGGGUGGGGCUGAGAGGUGGGGUGGGGAGGGAACAACCCCUUCUGUGCCUUGGGAUGUGACACGGGGAGGGCCAGAGCAGCCAUUAGCCAGAGGCAUUUCAAAGGUACUUCAAGGACUAGAGCAGGGUGCAGAGAACAGCCCGGCACUGCAAUAGUUUAGGAAUGAAUGUUUCUGGAACGCUUUUUCCCUCAUAAUGUUGAUUAUCAUAUGCACUUGAAAUUAAAUAUAUAUUUAUUUUAAUUAUCAUAUAUGUGGGGGUUAAUAUGUUGUGUUUUCUCUCACCUUUAAACUUAAAGUCUUGACAUGUAAUUGUAAGUAUAAUCAAUAUUUUUCUUUUGCACCUUAAAUCUUAGAAAUUACGAGGUUCCUUUGAAGUGAAAAUUAGAGGGGUCCUCUCAGUGCAUUUCUAGUCUGGUUGUAGGAGCGGGAUGAGAGUCUUGGCAUAGUACCUGCUGGCCACUAAAUUGCAGUCAUACCAUACCAACGGAUUCAUUUGCUUUCGGUUGUAAAUUUAAUUGUACAUAUGGUUGAUUUAUUAUUUUAAAAAGUACAAACUAACUGAUGUAAUGUUUAUGUAUAAGUUGCACCAAAAAUCAAGGACAAAAUAAAUGUGUGUUUGUUUUUAUUGGUGUGAAAAUCACAGCUUGUAAAUAAGCGUUGUAUGUAUUAAACCUUUUCCAGCUCUCCAAAGCGAUGUCUGUCUGUACAUAGGACACAGAGAACUCUUAAUUCCCUGGGAAAGUGUGGUUGGAAUUGAACUUGACCAGGUUACUGCACGUGAGGGUGGGGCCUCAUGGGUAACCUCAAAUGCAUGAGCCUUACGACAAAAGGAGACCCCUGCAGCCUUUGCUGCCCGCCCGUCCGUCACCCCCUGAGGGAGGCGGGAGGCGGGUGGGGUGGGAAGCAGAGCGGUA